CUGGAACUCAAGAUACCUGCCUGCCUCUGCUUCCUGAGUGUUGUGAGCAAUGGUGUGUGCCACUACCUCUGGUUUUGUGAGCCAAAAUUUUAAAGGUAAGGACUAAACAAGGACAAAGAAAGGUUUGGAUACCUUUCUUAACCCGGUAAUGUACUAAACUGAAUCCCACUCUCAAGUUAUCUGACAGUAGAACAACAGUAGUAAGGAAUUACAGUAAAUUCUUGCCAAAGAGCUUGAGGGCCAGGAGUUAAAAGGUUAGAAGCUGAGAAACUAAUCAUAUGCUUAAAGACUCUGUAAGCCUCAUUAAGUCCAUGGGUGUGGGUGCCGAAAUGUUAACUAAUAUCCCAGAUACCUUAACAAUUCUUUCUUCUGAUUAAUAAGAAUGAUUCAUGAGUUUUUUUGUUUGGCUUUUCUUUUUUUGGUUGAGGGGUAGGGUCUGACUUUAACCCACAUUUGUUCAAAUUCACAACAGUGCUCCUUGGUUCAGCAUGUGAGAUUCUAAGUGUGAGUUGCUGUGCACAACAGUAAGAAGUAUCCUUAACCCUUAACCACAAUCUUGCAAAAACAGCAUUAGCCACAUUUUAUAGUUUCAGAAACAAAUUCUAAGAGGUUAACUUGCUCAGAAUUUCAAGACUUAAAAUGCAAAGUUGAGAUUCUAAGCAAACCAGCAUCACCUACUAUUCCACUAUCCCUCAACAUUUUGUAUUAAGAUGGUUAUAUAAAUGGUGUGUCUGAAGGGGCUCAUCUCCGAGGGCUUCAGUCCUCUGAACCUAAAGAUGACUGUUGCACUCCAUCUCAGUCUAGUCCCAGGGCUCCAGACAGAGCUGUCAGCACCAAGAUCAACUUCAUUUCUUGUGACUAAAUCAGAGCUUUGCUUUAAAAGACCUUGAAAACAGUUCAUGAAUGGUUCACUAAAAACAUUUUCUAGGGUACGUGUUUAUCACAGAGCUCUCUGAAAAAUAUUCCUCUUCCCCUGGGUUUUGCCUUCUGAGUGUUUAUUUGAUUUUUACCACCAGCACCACAUAGAUGCAUAAUCUUUCCCAUGGGUGCAUUUGCUGAGCAUCCUCCCAAACUAAGCCACCCUACUGCAAGCAUUUUAAAUCAAAAAGUAUUGGAGCUGGACUUUAAGAAGAUGAGAAGCCCCUUGUUUAAAAAGCAAGCACACAAACAAGCAAAAAGUACAGAUUUCAAGAUUAAACACCUCACACUUUGGCUUAAAAUACACAUUGGUUUAAAAUCUGGAAUGUUGGUGCAGGGAGAUCAAAGGCACUUGCUUGUUGACUUUUGUUUUCUUUAAUAUGGAAGGUGGAGCAAAGGAAGGAAAUUGGACUGGAAUGUUGAAUUAUUGGGAUAAUUUUCUAGGACUCGGACUUAAUCAUUUUUUUUUCCAAAAUGCAGCAAGAAAAAAGUUUCAUUAAAAUUACUAUAAGUAUAUAUUUUUCAUGGGAAGCAUUUGAAAUUAAAGUAAUUAGGUUCAAAACAGCAAUUAAAAUGGGACCUGAAGCCCCAAAUUAGUAAGCAUACUAUUUAGUUAAUGAGCACAAAAGAGCACACAGCAGACUGAAUUUACUGAAGAUCUUUGUGUUUGUUACUAGGGACAAAACCCAGGUACCCCAGUGAAGAAUAAACUUUUCUCAGAGGGCAACAUCUUCAGCUCUAACAUUGCCAUUUGUGGCCCAAUAAAAAAACAAAAGACCCUCCCAGUUCUGGAAGAAUUGUUUCUCUUAUAACCUGGUCUUGAGACUUUCUGAGGAACUUUGGACAAGUGUUUCAAAAUUCUAGACGGUUCCCUGUGUCCGUCCUUCUCUCCCCUCCCCCUCUCCCGCCCCCAGUAGGUUUGAGAUGCCACUAGGAGGAUUUUCUCCUUGGUUUACUCCAACCACUUUUGACCAGUGAUGGAAAACGUCUACUCUGUGGGCUGGCUGGAAGGCUGGCCUGAGUUGAUCUCAAGUUACACCGCCUUUUCUCCUCCCUCAGGAAGUAAAGUCCACCGGCAGGAGUGCCUGCCCUGUUAGACUACAAAAGCCUGCUUGUUUUCAUCAAGCAGUGGAAUGAAAAACCUUCGGGGAAAAAAUAGUAACAUUUUAGGAAAAGUAACUUUUUUUCCCCUCCACAAUUUUCUUGUCUAAAGAGGAUUCAUCUGAAGAACACAUCCUUAAAGUGAUCUGUCUGAAACACAAAGGAAGCACCACAAUGAACAGGGAAGAAAAGGCUAAACCCCUGGAUGGAGGAUGGGGAUGGAUGAUCGUGCUGCAUUUUUUCCUGGUAAAUGUGUUUGUGAUGGCAAUGACCAAGACGUUUGCAAUAUUCUUUGUGGUCUUUCAAGAAGAGUUUGAAGGCACUUCAGAGCAAAUUGGUUGGAUUGGAUCCAUCAUGUCAGCACUCCGUUUCUCUGCAGGUCCCCUGGCUGCUAUUAUUUGUGACAUACUUGGAGAAAAACCUACCUCCAUUCUUGGGACUUUCCUUGUUUCUGGUGGCUAUCUGGUCAGCAGUUGGGCCACAGGCAUUCCCUUUCUUUGUGUGACUAUGGGACUGUUACCUGGAUUGGGGUCUGCUUUUUUGUACCAAGUAGCUGCUGUGGUAAUUACCAAAUAUUUCAAAAAACGAUUGGGGCUUUCUACAGCGAUUGCCCGUUCUGGAAUGGGACUGACGUUUCUGCUGGCACCCUUUACAAAAUUCCUGAUAGAUCUUUAUGACUGGACAGGUGCUCUUAUAUUAUUUGGAGCUAUUGCAUUGAAUUUGGUGCCUUCCAGCAUGCUCUUAAGACCCAUCCACACCGAAACAGUGAACAAUUCUGAUAUCAAAAACAAAGGUAGCAGUUUGUCUGCAACUGGAUCCGAGGCAUCAGACAGGACAGAAACAUACUGCAAUGACACACAAGAGUCUUCUAUCCAAGGCAUUUCUAUGAAGAAAUCUGAUCAACUGACUAAAAAUUUAACUGUCUUAGAACAUCAAGGUGAAGAGUUUGGCAAUGGACCUCACAGGAACAGACUGUUACUUAUGAGCAACGACAAAAGUUACCAAAAAAAGUUUGUUUCAUGGAAAUGUAAACAAAAUUUUUUAGAUAUUUCUCUCUUUAGAAAUCCUUUCUUCUACAUAUUUACCUGGUCUUUUCUCCUCAGUCAAUUAGCCUAUUUCGUUCCUACUUUUCACCUAGUCGCCAGAGCCAAAACACUUGGAAUUGACAUAAUGGAUGCCUCCUACCUUGUGUCUGUAGCUGGUAUCACUGAGACAGUCAGUCAGCUUAUUUCUGGAUGGAUUGCUGAUCAAAACUGGAUCAAGAAGUAUCAAUACCAUAAGUUUUACCUCAUUCUAUGUGGUGUAACUAACCUGCUUGCUCCUUUAGCCACCACAUUCCCACUCCUUAUGGCCUAUACCAUCUUUUUUGCCAUUUUUGCUGGUGGCUACCUGGCACUGAUACUCCCAGUACUGGUCGAUCUGUCUAAGAAUUGUAGAGUGCACAAGUUUUUAGGAUAUGCCAGUUUCUUUGCUGGAAUGGCUGUCCUUUCUGGACCACCGAUAGCAGGCUGGAUAUAUGAUUAUACACAGACAUACACAGGCUCUUUCUACUUCUCCGGCACCUGCUAUCUCCUCUCUUCAGUCUCCCUUUUCUUUGUACCACUGGCUGAAAGAUGGAAAAGCAAACAACCUGACCUUCGAAGGACUACAAUCAAGUGAGAGCUUAACGAAAGAAAAUCUAAACAAGUCACUGGAAACAAAAGUGUAGAACAAAAAUCUCUGUAAAAAUGAGAAAGUAAGCCAUAUAAUUUUUAAGAUUCCUUCUUGCUUUAUUAGCACUGCUGAAAAUGUCCAAUUGUUGGUACUUAACAAAACAGGCUAAAAAUUGAAUCAGUUGAAGCAGCUAUUUGACCUAUUAAAUGAAAAUCAGAAUGUACCUAUAAUAAAUACAAACUUUCAUUUGUGCUAUGGUAAGUCUGUCACCAAAAUGUAACAACUGUAAACUAUUUUUUUUUAAAUAUAGUAAUUGAUUGACUAGAGCUCUAGAAUCUGAAUAAAGUCUUUCAUAGUGACAAGAAUGGUAUAUCCCCUCCAAAAAUAAUUUAUCGUUGUUUAUUGAUUAUAAUAAUCUUCAAUUAUUUUGUCUCUUAACUUACUAGUGAAAUAAAAUUUGAUAUAAUAAUCUUUAUUUGAAAACCAUUUGAAAGGUAGUACUGCCCACCUAAACAGUAUUAUCUUUUCACUACAUUUAAUUAUCUAAAAUAUUUAUACAAAGCAUCUAGAUGAUUCUUCAGAGCUGUAAGUUCCAUAUGGAAGUUGAAAAGGAGUCUUUAGGAGAAACUAUGUUUGUUCAAAAGGUGUGGAUCAUUUAUAGCUAAUUAGUAAUGAAUGGUUCUUGCCUGUGAAUAAUGAGCUCUUGGCUGUUUGGGUGAUCUUUAAAAGGAUAAAAAAGGGUUUUCUAAGCAGGGAAUGGUGGUGUAUACCAGAAGUCCCAGCAAGUCAGAAAACUAAAGUGAGAGAACAUAUUGAGUUUGGAGUCCAGUGUGGGCUACGCAUUAUGAACUGUGUCCAAAAUAAAAACCAUUUUCUGCAAUACAAA